AUGUUCGAGGCUGCGCAACGCGAGGGGCAGGACAUGCAGCAGCAGGCAGCGGCCGCUGGUGUUGCUGGCGCUGCUGCCAUCGACAAGUACUUGAAUGGGAGCGGCGAGCAGCAAGCGCUGGUGGCCGGCGUGGCCGCUGUAGCUGCGGUGGCCGCUGUUGGAGGAAGUCAGCAAGAGCAGAUUGAGGCAGCCGCAGCUGCCAUUAUUGCUGAAGGAACCCUGCAUGGCCUGACACCGACCAAGAUCUCAGAGCUUGCUGGUCUACAAGGCCUUCAGAUAGGCGAUCAGGUGGACCAGACCGUAGAGGCAAACACAUCAGGUAUGUUCUGGGGAAUCCUCUUGACAGCGAUAAGUGCCAUUGCCGUGAUCCUGGCCGUCGUUUGCUAUGGAAAGCUGCAUAGAUCCAGGGUGAAACAGGCACAAGCCUUGCGUCAGGCAACUGAAGAGGCAAAGCUUGCGGAGCGGAUGCAAGACAACUUCGAUGCAGCGCGCGCCAAGAUCUGUGUGAUGCUGCCCAAGCUCGAGCCUGGCCAAGGGCCGCCUGUGGCUCGCUUCCAGUCCGUCGUGGAGGGCAAGAAAGAGUUCAACUUUGCCGAUGACGUCUUACCUGGUGAGCGAGAAGCACCACCCGAUUCUUUCCGUGGGAACAACUGGGGUGAGGGAGAUGUUUUCUCCUUAGAGGUCGGCGGGGAGGUGACUUCGCCACACCGGAACUCGACCUCGACUACCGGAAGCAGGCUUCCGCAGUCUCCUCCAGCGACAGGCAAUCCAUCAGCCAUCCAGAACGACUUUUGGACGGCACCGGAGGUGGGUGAUGACGAGCUGCCCACAAUAAAGCCCAGCAUACGGCUUCCAGGAGGCGGGUCAGGCAAACUACUAGGUGACGAUGAGUUCUCGGUUGGCAAAGCUCAACCACCCUUUUCUCCAGCCAGCGGGGCUAGCGUUGUCAGCCCAAGUGGCCGACGUGUUUCGAGAGGCCUCUGA